AUGGAGCCAGUUGUACAUACAGUUUUCGAGAAGCAGACAGGAACAUGGCAGUAUAUCGUGGCCUGCCCGGAUACUCGCCAAGCAGCCAUCAUCGACCCCGUGCUAAACUUGAAUCUAUCCGAAUUCAAAAUCACAACCACCUCUGCCGAUGAGCUUCUCGCCAUCGCAGAGACCAACAACUACACCAUCACCCGUCUCCUCGAGACACACGCCCAUGCAGAUCAUCUCACAGCUGCAUUCUACCUCCAACAGCGCCUCCUAGCCAAAGGUCAACCCAAAGCCCCUAUCAGCACGGGCCGGCGCAUUCGACAAGUCCAGGAAACCUUCGCUGCAACGUACAAUGUCCCCAAGGCGGAAUUAGAGUGCGCCUUCGACCACCUCUUCGACGACGAUGAGACAUUCAGCGUUGGUGAUAUCACAGCCCAUGCCCUACACUUGCCAGGCCACACGCCCGAUCACAGCGGGUACAAGAUCGGCAGGAACGUCUUCACGGGAGACUCCAUCUUUAAUCCAGACGUCGGCAGUGCCCGCUGCGAUUUCCCAAAUGGCGACGCAAAAGCCUUGUUCAACUCCAUGCAGAAGUUACUUGCGCUGCCAUCAGACUACAAGCUAUACACGGGCCACGACUAUCCCCCUGCGGAAUCAGGCCGUGCGCCCUUGCCGUUCGUGACGGUGGCAGAUCAACUGGCAAGCAACAAGCAUGUCAAGCAAGGAACCACCGAAGCCGAGUUUGUGGACUGGCGACGAAAGCGCGACUCGAGUUUGAAUGAACCGCGGCUUUUGCAUCCGGCGUUGCAGGUCAAUAUCCGUGGAGGUCGCCUACCUGCUAGUCCCGAUGGAAGUCAGAGAACCUUUCUUCAGGUACCCUUUCACAUCCCUCAGUUUUGA